AUGGUGGAAAAGAAAAGAUUUAUAUCUAUUUUGUAUGGUAGUCAAACAGGAACUGCACAAGAAGUGGCUGAAAGGAUUGGUAGAGAAGCAAAGAGGCGACACUUCAGUACAAAAGUUCUUCCCUUAGACAAAUACAACAUUUCUAAUCUUAUCAAUGAACCACUUGUUGUGUUUGUAUGUGCUACAACUGGUCAAGGUGAUCCUCCAGACAACAUGAAGAUGUUCUGGCGAUUCAUCUUGAAAAAAAGUCUUCCUCUGGAUUCUUUAGGAAAUGUAAACUUUGCUGUUCUUGGACUUGGUGAUUCUUCAUAUCAGAAAUUCAACUUUAUUGGAAAGAAACUGUUCAGAAGAUUGGAACAACUUGGUGGUCAUUCUUUAAUACCAACUGGAUUGGCAGAUGACCAGCAUGAAUUAGGGCCAGAUGCUGUGAUAGAUCCUUGGUUAACUAAACUUUGGUCCAAACUUAUGUAUUUAUAUCCUCUGGAACCUGGCCAAACCAUUCUUUCAGAUGACAUCCUUCUACCUUCAAAGUACUCGAUAGAAUAUGUGAACUCACCUGAGGUUGAUCUCAAUUCUGUACCUCCUACUGUACAUGAAGGCACAAAAAUAUUUAACCAAACCAACCCAUUUCUGUCUAAAGUGCUGAUAAACCAGAGAGUAACUACUGCUGAUCAUUACCAAGACGUCAGAUUUGUGAAACUUGAUGUUACUGAUUCAAACUUCAAAUAUUCUCCUGGUGAUAUCAUCAUGGUGCAGCCUGAGAACCAUGAAGAUUCAGUGCAAGAGUUUAUUGAAUGUCUUGGACUUGAUCCCAACAAAUAUUUUAUCCUCAAACAGAAUGAUCCAGACAUUCCCCUUCCAGAAAAACUUUCACAACCUUGCAGUGUUUAUAAUCUAGUAAAGAAAUAUUUGGACAUUGAUGGCAUUCCACGGCGUUAUUUCUUUGAACUCCUUUCAUACUUCUCUGAUGAUGAAAUGGAAAAAGAAAAAUUUGCAGAAUUUUGUUCUCCUGCUGGUCAGAUUGAACGGUAUGACUAUUGCAACAGAGUACGCCGAACAACCCUAGAAGUUCUUCAAGACUUCAGACAUACAACACCCAAUAUUCCUUUUGAAUACUUAUUUGACUUGAUUCCUCACCUACAGCCGCGAGCAUUUUCAAUUGCAUCUUCACAAAGAAUCUCUGAAACAGAAAUAGAUAUUCUUGUGGCUGUUGUGAAGUACAAAACUAAACUUGUCAAACCUCGACAAGGAGUUUGUUCAAAUUGGAUUGCCAUCCAAAAUCCUGAAGAAUUUCCUGAUGUCUGUCUGCCUGUGUGGAUAAAACCUGGAUCGUUUAUUUUGCCCUCAGAUCCUGAUAUUCCAGUUAUCAUGGUGGGGCCAGGAACUGGUAUUGCUCCUUUCAGGUCCUUUAUUCAAGAGAGAAUAUCUCAGAAAAUUGGAGGGAACUAUCUUUUCUUUGGCUGCAGAAGUGAAAAGAAAGAUUAUUAUUUUCAGAAAGAAUGGGCAGAAUUAGAAAAACUUAAUUUACUCAAAGUAUUUCCUGCAUUCUCCAGAGAUCAGGAGGACAAAAUCUAUGUACAACAUAUUUUGAAAAAACAAGGACCAUUGGUUUGGGAUUUACUUGACAAUCAAGGAGCAUAUUUCUAUAUAGCAGGCAAUGCCAACCAGAUGCCAGACAAUGUGCGUGAUGCUGUCAAAGAAAUCAUUCAGGAUGAAGCAGAAGUAUCUGAAGAUGAUGCUGAUAUAUACAUCAAGACACUUGAACAAAUUAAGCGCUUUCAGAUCGAAGCUUGGUCAUGA